UUCCCAAUUUCCCUUAAAGUUCCUUUUUCUUUCGUACUUAAAUUAUUUGAAAGUGGGCAUUUGAAACAGCACCAUUUUUUGUCUUUGAUGAAGUCCUUUCACUAAUUUUGCUACUACAACAAGUCAACAACAAGAAGAAGCUGCCCCCUCAAGAAGAUGUACUACACUAGUCAGAAAUAGCUGGACAAUGUUACUAAGUCGACGAUAGCUCAUUUGUUUCAAUUGAUCACUAUAGAGUGUAAGUUCCUAAUAUUUAACCAAAAUGCAAACACCAAGAGUCAAUCUUGAAGUUGAGGCGUUGUUUGAAGAUGAUUCUGAUAUUAUUAGCCAGGUAGCUUCUAAUAUAUGUACCGUUGAAUCGUUCACGGAUCCUUACAAGGACAGAGUUAUAGAUUUCACUAAGUUAAGUUCAGAACCAGUGUCACUUGACUUGUCUCUUAGCCAGGAUUCAAUAGGCUUUUCAGUAUCUAGCACAAGCGAAAGCAGCAAUGAACAUGCAGCACAAAAUUCAGGAUCAGGAUCAGGAUCAGGAACGGCAUUUCAAAGAGUUUUUAGUUGCAAUUUCUGCCAAAGGAAAUUCUACAGUUCACAGGCACUUGGUGGACACCAGAAUGCACAUAAAAGAGAACGAACACUUGCGAAACGAGCUAUGAGAAUGGGAAUUUUCUCAGAAAGGUAUGCUAAUUUGGCAUCUUUGCCAUUACAUGGAUCUACAGUAAGGUCAUUAGGAAUCAAAGCACAUUCUUCGCUACACCAGGGAUCUGCACCAGCAAUGAGGCCACUCGAUUUUAAAACGAGUGCAAGAUUUGAGUAUGGUAAUUGCCAUAGUCCACCUUUGUACAUGGAAAAUGAUGAAGCUGAUCAAUUACUAUGGCCAGGCAGUUUUCGUCAAGUGACAAAUCCCGGUACCUCUCAUACUAACUUUUCUAUUGAUGGAUGCUCAAAUGUGACUUCUCCAUACGACGAAAAAGAUGAACCAAUUACACCAGAUCUCACCCUUAGGCUUUGAGAAUUUUGAGAGCAAAUACACCACUAUCAUUUAGCUAUCUUGUUUUAUUUGUAUAGUGAUAUAUAUUGUCCUAAGUGAAGAUUCUGAGAAAGUAGAACUUUCACAGAUAAUUCUGCUGGAUUUUCCGUUUGCUUUGUGUCAAGAUACUGUGCACAAUGCCACAAUCCCUGCCCAGGAUAGUGUGAUUUGGACAAUAUUAGAUGAUUGUUGUACAAUUUGAAUGUAUUAGUUAUGACUAGUAUUCCCUCCUUAUAAGCUUGAGUUACUUUUGAGAAUGGACGACUAUAAAUUUGUA